CAGGGAGCCCAGGCGGGAGUGCGGGCUCAGCCGCCGCCGCUGCCGGCACUCCUCACCAGGCAAUUUCCAUCCCUGUGAAUUUUCACGGAAAACAAAACAGAAGACUUGUUUUCUCACAAAAAAGAAGGUCCUGCCCGAGCGGCGGGAAGCCAUGACGGCCGCCUUCCUGGAGCGCCUGGGCCCGCUGUCGGCGAGCGGGCAGCAGCUGCGGCGCCUGCCCCGCCUGCUGGAGGAGGGCCUUCCCAGGAUGCCCUGCACCGUCCCGGAGACCGACGUGCCGCAGCUCUUCCGCGAGCCCUACAUCCGCGCCGGCUACCGCCCCACGGGCCGCGAGUGGCGCUACUACUUCCUCAGCCUCUUUCAGAAACACAACGAGGUGGUCAAUGUUUGGACGCACCUGCUGGCGGCCCUGGCCGUCCUCCUGCGCUUCUGGGCCUUCGCCGAGGCCGAGGGCUUGCGCUGGGCCUCCGCGCACGCCCUGCCCCUGCUGCUCUUCAUCCUGGCCUCCAUCACCUACCUCACGUGCAGCCUGCUGGCCCACCUGCUGCAGUCCAAGUCGGAGCUCUCCCACUACACCUUCUACUUCGCGGACUACGUGGGCGUGGGCGUUUACCAGUAUGGCAGUGCCUUGGCCCACUUCUUCUACAGCUCCGACCAGGCCUGGUACGAGCGGUUCUGGCUUUUCUUCUUGCCAGCGGCUGCCUUCUGUGCCUGGUUAUCUUGCGUUGGCUGUUGCUAUGCCAAGUAUCGUUACCGGAGGCCUUACCCAGUCAUGAGGAAGAUCUGUCAAGUGGUGCCAUCAGGGCUAGCCUUCAUCCUAGACAUCAGCCCCGUGGCACACCGUGUGGCGCUGUGCCACCUGGCUGGCUGUCAGGAGCCCGCGGCCUGGUACCAUACCCUCCAGAUCCUCUUCUUCCUGAUCAGUGCCUACUUCUUUUCCUGCCCGGUUCCCGAGAAGUACUUCCCGGGUUCCUGUGACAUCGUGGGCCAUGGGCAUCAGAUCUUUCACGCCUUCCUGUCUGUCUGCACGCUCUCCCAGCUGGAAGCCAUCCUCCUGGACUACCAGGGCCGUCAGGAGAUCUUCCUGCAGCGCCACGGGCCCCUGUCCGUCUACAUGGCCUGUCUUUCCUUCUUCUUCUUGACUGCCCUCAGCGCUGUCACUGCAGCCCUCCUGAGGCAGAAAGUCAAGGCCAGACUGACAAGGAAGGAUCCCUGAGGCUAGCUGGUGGGGCACCGUGCAGAGGCAGCCCGGCGUGAUUGGAGGGAAACUCGAUGUAACAGCUGACCUUUUGUUUUUAAGAGUUGGCUUUUAAAUUAAUUCUUAUUUCCUAGGAUAUGCUAUGUCUAUGGCAUUGGAAAGCCAAAGGUGUCAAGAGUCUUGUUACAGUUGUUAAUAACAGGAUUACUCCUUUUCCCUCUGGGUCAUAGCCUUAGGAGACACAAGAAGGAAGGGACCUUGGCUACGAUUCAUGGGACACUGAAUUUAGCUCCAUUUUCAUACCUAAAAGAAUAAUAAAGUAGGUGGCUGGUCCACUCCGUAUUAGAAUGGCCAUCCUACUCUGCUGGUCUUUGGUAAUUGAAUAAAUUGGCCCAAGGAUUCAAUUUCAUUUGGAUUUCAGAUUGUCCAGGGUGGAGAAGUCAAGAAGAUUCAGUGAAACCUUUAGACAUAAUGAAUUAGUUUAUCUGAUUUCUGGUCUCUCCUCUCUUGUCCACUUAAACACUGACCCUUUUCUCAGGAUGACGUCUGCUGGGCUAUCCACUCCCAUCUAUACCUUGCAUGCGAAUAUGGAGGACUAUGAAGCAGUCAUACUUCCAGGAAAUGCUUGAAUCCAUGGGGACAUUCAGGAAGCUUAUUCUUACAUAACACUAACGUAACUGGUACUAGAAAGUAAGUGCCAAAGAGCCACCAGGAGGCCCAGCCAACACGCGGGGAUACUGUCUGGGGCCAUGGACUGUUCUGUUUUCAUACCUGUGGACUGCCGGAUUACUUGAGAUCUAUUAGUGCUGCCUUACAGGCCAGAAGAUCUGGGGCUUAUCCCCAGAUCUUCUGUUUUGAAACAAUGCAGAUAUUCGUAUUUUGACCACGUUCAGAAAGCCCCCAGUAGAGUGAAUUGGUUUUAAGGGUCCCUCUACGGAUCUGAUUAUUUCAAGAGGAAUCCGAGGUCCUGGCUCUUAAAACAGAUGCUGCCCCAUGAAGUACCCAAAUAACUAUCUUAGUUCUGGGUCCUCAGGCAGGGCAGUUAUACUUCAAAUUAGAGCUAACCCUUAAAUACCAAGCCCCAGGACAGGUGAGUGAGCAUAUGUGCUCACUGUUGCUUGAUCCCUAAAGGUGCCUUUGGGUGGGAAUGGUGAACUGGGUACUCGGUAGCUAGAAUGUCCUGUUUGGGUCCUUGCUGCCCAGAAGCUUCUAUGGGGUAGGUAGUACUCGAGACUGAUGCAUGCAUCUGGCCACACAGCCCUCUCUGAGGAUUGAGUUGCACACUUAUCCAGUGAAGGGGGCUGCCCUGAUAGAAGAGCCAUGGAAGCCUUCUCAGAGGUUGCCUUUCCUAUCAGUAUAAGGUCCCCAUUUACUAAAAGGGGAGGUGGCUUGUUUUCACUCCAGUUUCGUGAAUCUCCUGUUACUAGGUUAUUUUAUCGUCUUCAAAUCUUUUUCUUCAUUUCCCUAGAGAUUUGUGAAUUUUGUGCCUUAUAAAUGGCAACAUAGGAACAUUUAAUAUAUGGCCGUGUAUAAUUGUCAGUUUUGGGUUACUGGGAUAAGAAAAAAAGAAUUCAUUGCUUCUCAACCAGUGGAUAAAAGAAACUUUAGAAAACCAGGCUUGCUUACCAAUCAAAACCUAUGUUUUGGCAACAACAAAAAAUAAUCUUUAUGUCAAGGAAGCAUAUGUUUUGUCAACUACAUCGUUUUGCUAGAUGGAUUUCUGUUAAUCCUCAAAUAUCUGAACAUCUGUGCUACCCAAAUGUCAUGUGUAAGCUUCUGGUGUCUACACCAUUCACCGCAAAUAAAGUUAGCAAAACUGAACUGGAUUGAAUAAACAAAGGAAAGGCGAGUUGUGUAAACACUGCAAGUAGAGGGGCAUGUAUAACAGGGACUAGAAAGUGUUUGACAUGUGCAUUAUUACGGAUUCAAAGACCAUAUUCUUUUAAAAGUUGGAAAGAAGAUGUAAGUCAAACUCUUAUGUAACUGUGGUGGUCAUGGUGGCAAAGAUCUUUAGGCCAAAUGCAGGAAUUCAGAGAAAACAGGAAGUGAAGCAGUGAUCUUCAAAUGCAGUGCUCAGACCAGCUCCAGCUUGCACACUAUGAAUGGUAUGUGACAAGCGAAGCAGGCUAUAAUUUUUAUUUAUUGCCAUAAUUUUUUAUUUACUUAAGUAUUGGCAUCUCAAGUGAUUAGAAAUUUUAAAAAAGAAGUUUUUCGCCAGACAUACUUGGGAAGCAUUGAGGUAGGGGACUGCAUACUCAUUAGAAAUACAGAGUAUCUCAUUACAAACAUAUAAACACAGGAAAUGGAGAUUUUUUUUAAUGACUCACACGUUUUGAGGGGUUAAAUACCCCUUUUAAAACAUUUUCAUUAAUAUGAGCGUAUCUGGUAAGGAACAGACCUAGUUUAAAAGGAAUAAUGAAGUAGUUGAUAAAGAUGAUUGUCUUACUUCACCACUGCCCCUCCUACACUUAACAUCUACUGAAAAUUCUGGUUAUCACUUUUUUUUUUUAAACUAAGACUUUCAACCUAUUAAAAUGUAACUACUUCUGAAAAAACUAAACUAUCAGUUAUUUACAUCUUAUGAAUAAAAAUUCUGAUGGAUUUGAUGAGGCCCUAAUCUGGUGUAGGCAGAGGGGACAGUAGGACAAAUCAGACUGGGGACACAUUUGCCUGCUUCUCUCUUGCCUAGUACUUCCUGACCUAGAUUUAUAACUUAAGAUGCCAGAAUUUCAUUUCCCACCUCAGCUGACAGUACCUCACUCAAUAAUAAUAUUCUCAGUCUUCUCCUGGAAGCUUGAAAUAGGAGGAGCUCAGGCCAAGGAAUGAAGGUUAUUCAUUCCUGCCUCUGUUGCCCACCUGUUCACAAAUUACGUGGUAAUGCUUAAAGACUUAGGUCCUUAGUAGUUUCAAGUGGGCCCUCCAGAUACACUCCUGUCUUGGAGUGCACAGUCUUGGUCCCCAAGGCCUCAGCCUACUAAGGUGUUCAUCCUAGUGUUUUGCUUGAUUGCUUGGCAAAGAAAAAAUGGAGCUACUUUGUUUAUAUAAAUCUACUUACACAAAUGACUAUUAAAUCGAUUUUGUAUGUGGA